CUCUUUUAAAUGUAUAUUGAAGGAAUGAGUAAACAUCCUUUUGUUUUUUAUAAUAAAUAUCUUAAAUUUAAAUUUAGAAUGAAAAUUUAAAUCGAAUUUAAUUACCUCAAUACUUAACUUUUACAAACACAAAUAUUAAGUCAAAAAAAAAAAAUUAAAAGAAAAUUUUUAUUAAAAAAUUAAAAACGAAAAGGAACAGCAAAAAGUUUUUGAUUUAAAAAAAAAAAUUAAUUUUUAAAAAAACAUUUUGUUAAGGGAAAAUAACAAAAAAAAAUAAAGAAUUUAAAAUAAAUCGAAUUUGAGACUUAAUAAAAGAAGUGAUAACGAAUUUAAUUCAUAAAAACUUUUUCAUACCCUAUGAUAAACAAAUUAAAAAGCAAGAUAAAAAUAUGGAAAAAUAAUUUUAAUAUGGUGAAUUUUUAAUUAAAUAUAAGAGUUUGUGAAAAAAAUUUUGUGAAAUUUUAAAACGUUAAAAAGGAAACAAAAAUAUAUAUAAAUAUAUUCACGAAAUAAAAAUUAUAUAUUGUGGUUUGUGUUCCUUUUUGAAAACGAUAAACAAAGUAAGCCAAACAAUUCAAAUUUUUUUAUACAAAAACCCAAAAUAAAUAAAAUAAAAAAAGUGUGUAAAAUAUUUUUAAAUUUUUAAUCGAUUUUUGAAAUCGGCUUUAAAAUAGCUACUCUUACUGCUUAUUCACCAUAUUCGUUGCUCCUUAUGGCUCCCAGAAGGAACAACAAUAACCAUCAUUCACAUCCACAUUCAGGGGGCGUUAUAAUUGGUGUCGGCGGAACAACACCCAAUUCAGUAUCAUCUAAUUCUUCAAAUAUCAACAAUUUAUCUUUGAAUCAAAAUAAUUUACAACAACAACAACAGCAACAGCAAUCACCAAUCAACAAUAAUAUCAAUCAACAAGAACAACAAUUGAAUCCGAUUGUUGAUGUUCAAGCUUUACUUGGAUUAGCUGAACUAACAAUUUCAUCAUCAAAUUUAUCAAUAAUUGAUCCACAUAAUAACAACAAUAAUAAUAAUUCAUUAAUACAAAAUAAUUCCGCAAAUAUAUUUGAUAUUCAGCAGCAACAACAGCUCAGUAUGUCAAAUGAAAAUUUAUUACGUUGUUGUGUUCCAACCGGUGAUUGUUUUAAAGCAGAUUCAAAUGAUUUUGGUAUAAUUGGUGUUGAUGAUUUAAGUGAAUGCAUUCGUGUUAUAUGCAAUAAUGAAAAUUGCACUGCUGGACAGUAUAUGCAUCGUGAAUGCUUUGAAUCUUGGGAACAAACUGUUCUCAAUACAUUGAAAUCAAUUGGACGUGCUAGAUCAUGGUCUGAUCGUCAACGUCAACAGAAUUUGUGGACUAAAAAAGGUUAUGAUUUAGUAUACAAGGCAUGCGGUUGUAAAUGUGGACGGGGUCAUUUGAAAAAAGAUUUAGAUUGGACACCACCACCACCCCAAAAUACUAAUGUUUUUGGCCGGUCUGAUGAUGAAUCUAAUAAAAAGAAGAAGAAAAAAAAUAAGAAUAAUCAAAAACCGACUUUAACAAUUUCAUCAAAUAAUAUCAAUAAUAACAAUACCAGCAACGGCGGUAUUAAUGCCAAUAACAAUGGCAAUGGUAAUUAUCAUACCAAUACUAAUAUUGCAAAACAACCAACCACACCAAAUGGUAAUACAAACCAUACAAAUAUGAAUGGUAAUACAAACAAUUCGAAUGGUUUGAUUGAAUUAAGACAACGUACUGGAAGUUUAUCAUCAUCUAAUGGUAGUACAUCACCACCAGUUUCUGCUUCAAGUGAUCAUAGUAUUUCACCAAUUCAUAAUAAUGGAAAUUUAUCAAAUGGUAUUGGUGGUGUUUUAGCUAAUGGUGUCAUGAAAAAACAAUCUAUUACUAAUCAACCACAACAGCAACAACAGCAACAAAUGUCACAAGAACAAUAUCAACAACAUUUAAUGCAACAACAGCAUACUGCACAGCAAUUGGCUAAAACAAAAGUUGAAAUUCAUUCGGAACGUGUAAGGUAUGUUACAGAAUUUUUCGAUGUUUAUUCACAAAAUACACGGUAAUUGAAAAAACCAAAAUUUUAAAUUUUUUUUUUUAAUUUAUGUACUUAAUACCCUCAAGCAAGAAUAAAACAACCCGAACAUAACACAAUAUUUUAAGGUAUAGCAUUCCUAACUAAGUCGGCCUGUACCAAAGUGCAGUUGAAAGGAGUAACUGCAUAAUACGCAUAAAAAUCUUCAAUAUUUAAGUUUAUAGAUUAGUUUUUACUCCUAUAUAACAGGAUUUUCAUUCAAAAUUGCAUUCGAUUUACAAAACUACAC